AUGGAGGAUCCCGAGAAGAAGCUGAGCCAGAAGAGUGACAGCAAACCCCGGAAAAUACGCUUUAAAAUCUCUUCCUCCUACAGUGGCCGGGUGUUGAAGCAGGUCUUUGAAGAUGGACAGGAAUUAGAGUCGCCAAAGGAGGAAUAUCCUCACAGUUUUCUCCAAGAGGCCCUUGAACCAAUGGAUGGUGUUUACGGGUCUGGGGAAGCCCCCAAGCCCCGACCGUGCUCCCCCAAGCUGACUGCUCAGAGGAUCAGCGUGGUUAGAGAGGGCAGUGCCUACACUUUGGCAGGCAGCCAGCCUUUCUUCAAUGAUUACAAGGCGAAUGACCAUAAGUCCCCGCCUAUUAUAGAUUUUGGAAAGAUAAUCAUCUACACAAAUAACCUGAAAAUCAUUCGAACUCCAAUGGACAAGAGAGACUUCAAGAGGAAGAUUCUCCAGAAGGAAGAGGAGGCUGAGGAAGAGUCUCUGAUGAGCAAAGAAGGAAUCUAUGGAGACCAGAGUGACGGGCCUUUGCCAGAGACGGAAGGCACUUUCCCCCAUAACCGGUACCCACAGGAAGGGGAGCUUCCCGAGGACAGCUGUUUUCACUGCCGAGGGUCGGGCAGUGCCCCCUGCUCUCUGUGCCACGGCAGCAAGUUCUCGAUGCUGGCCAACAGGUUUAAGGAGUCCUAUCGGGCCCUGCGGUGCCCUGCCUGCAACGAGAAUGGCCUGCAGCCUUGCCAGAUUUGCAAUCAAUAGCCCGUGGCUUUGUAUGUCCACUUUUACCGCAUCCUCCGUGAAGUCGUUUCUAAUAAACUGCCCCUCCUCCACCCCCUCCUCCCUCUCCUGGCAGGGAAGCCGCAGUGGCUGCGAUCACUUCCUCCCCUGGUGAAACUCCAUUGCUUGAUGACUUUUCGCGAGGCUGGUAACAUCUCCUUCUGGGUCUAAGCGGCAGAGGCAUUUUUUAAUUAGAAACUGGAAACUGGCUCUAAAAUGAUCCAUCCAGGACUGUGUUCAAGUAUCUCACUGGAAACAAAGCAGGAUGUCCGUGCUUCUUGCUGUUGCCUUUCUUUCAAAGUCCUGAGUCUCUCCUGUGUGAUGUGCUUGGGUAAUGUGCAUGCAGGCAAUGAACAAUGCUACUUCUUAGGACAAGAUGAGAGAAGACAUUUCUGUGUGCCUCCAAACUCCUGAGGUUGUAAGCCAAGUCAAAACUAUUUAUGAUAAAUUUGGUGCUUAAAUACAUGAGUGUGUGUGAUAUGAUUUCUUCCAGCCCCCAAGUUAUUACCAAAUAAAUAAAUCUAUUUUAAGGCUAAGUUAACAGCCACGAUGUCUUCAUAAAGGACAGCAGGUAUUUUAUAAAUAUCUAUUGGAAAUUUCUAGAAGAAAAACUAAGAAAGGCUGAUUUUUAGCAAUUAAGUUUCUACUGACUAUAUAUACUAUUUCUACUGAAUACACAUACUAAGGAUGAUUUUUCCUCUUAAAUUUGUUUGUAAAAUUAGAAAAAUACUUUUGCUAAUGAACUUUUGUAGCCCUCCCAGUCAGUCCCAUAUCCCUUGAGAAUAAUACUGUAAAAUCUAUCUGUUGAGACGCGUUGCUUUUCUAUGGUAAUUAUUUUGAUUUUCAUAACUUAAUUUUGUCAAGAUUUGUUUGUUAUUCUCUGAUAUUCGGCUAUUA